AUGGACAUCACAGCACCAUCACCACCAUCACGGGUUCUUAAAGAAAGAGGAAUCGUGAACGAUUGGAACUUGAUCGCGUCGAAAGUCCGGGGAAGGACGAAUAAAGAUUGCCGGAAGAGAUGGAGCAAAGUGGGAAAAGAGGUCAACAAAGGACUCUGGGAUCAUGAAGAAGACGAUCGAUUAAGAAGAGGGGUGGAGCAGCACGGUACCUAUUGGACUAUGGUGGCCGAAAUAGUACAGACAAGGCAUGCAGAUCAAUGCGCCAAAAGAUGGUACCAUUUUCUGGAUCCAAACAUUAGUCAUGAAGAUUGGGAUAGCGAUGAGGAAGCUCGACUUUUAGAGGCUGUCAGUGUCCACGGAAGAAGUUGGAAGAGCAUAAGUGAAAAGGAGUUCCCAAACCGCUCACCAACGGACAUAAAGAACAGAUAUGUUAUCAUGGAACGCAAGGGUAGAUUAAAACGAAGGAAAGCGUCCACGACCCAAUGCACUCCAGUACGAGAACGCAGUGGUUUCGACUUCCCCAAACCGGAAAGACUGAACCAAGGAUUGCGCACAGAAACAUCACCUGACAAUGUGAUGGAAUACGAAACCGAGAACACUUUGAUGGGCCAAUUACCACUUCCGGGACUUCCUCUCCAGCUCACGGCUCAACAAAUAUCCCAGAACCACUAUAACAACGAUGCAAAUUCACUUUUCAACUUUGAUGGGCUACCACCUUUACAGUUCCACGAUAUGUCCUAUUCAUCUACGGAACCGUCGUCUCCUGGAAUUUCACUGUCCCAAAACCCGGUUCCUACUGGGUACAACAUGGGCAUACAGACUGUUAGUGGGCUUACAAAUGAAACGGAAGCAGACAUCGACCAGCUUUACUGUGAAGAUAUGAAUUUUGAUUUGGCAUUAGCCGAAGCAUUCUCAGCUCCAGAUCAUCGACAAUCAAUAGCUUCGACGCCACCAACCAUGAGCUCGGCAUCCGAUGUUCCGGCUGGAGGACAUAACUACAAGCUGAUACUAGAGGAUGUGAAGCCAGAUACGUUGUUCUCCAUUGUGAACAUGCUUGUGGAGUCCAGGAGUAAUGUGAAGAUGGAAGUUUUCAGUAACGUUGCUUGA